AUGUUCGGACAAUGUGAACGGGAUCAGCCAGACGGCUCUCUUCAACUGAUUAUCGAUCAUCCGAAAGAGAUGAAAGUGGUGAAUAGUCGGAGGCGUACCGAAAUGUCCGAGUGCACGCCGACCCAAGUCAUCGGAGGCGUUCCCUGGUUCGUACUUGAACCACAUGGUGCAUCGUCGAUAAACUUGCAGGAAAUUCUACGCCCACAUCGACUACGCCAGCGACACGGACCACACGAAACAACUGAGCUUCUACCUGAUGUGCUGUCUCGAGGUGCAGUCCGCGUGGGCGGUCAGUGUGACGGCAGUUCUACGCCACUACCAAGGCGCCGCCAAGUACACAAACAAGCCCGAAACGUUCGAUAUUAUCAUUCGGAACAACACGCCGAACACUGCGUUUCGGACUUGUCGACAAUGGGACGAUGUGCUCAAGUAUCACGACGACGCUCGAUUUCCCAGUGUGCGCAUGUUGUUCGAGUUCAGAGUGACCAUCAAGAACGUGGCCAUUUUGGGCAGAAAACUGUGCGAUUUUUCGAUGCCGGACCGCGACCGAACAGACUCGAUGCUGAAGGUGUACGGUCACGAGUUAUACGUGAACACUCGCAUCAUGGCCAGGUAUUGCAAGAGCUUCAGGAGAGCAUUUUAUGUGGAAAAGGGGAAUGUUGUGAAGAUCUAUUUGGAUGAGGAGGAAACCGUCGACGAUUUCAUUGCGUUCCUCCAGAUCAUCUACGGACAUUCGGACGUUUUGAACGGUAAGUCUCAAAACAUUAUUGGCAAGGGAGAAAACAUGAGAAAUCUCAGUCGAGAAUGUGAAUAGUGUGAUUCAAAUCGCCAAGAGAUACGAGUCGAAGACGUGCGUCGAGUUAUGCGAACAAUUUAUGAUACGAAGCAAGUUUAUGGAGCCGAGUACCAAAUUGCAUUACGCGGUUACGUAUCAACUGCGACGUUUGGAGGUGUGUCUUUUGUUCGGCCACAUGGUGCACAUCGUUUCGGAUUGCAGAAGAUCCUUCUUCGUCAAAUUCUCACUUGCGAUGGGCUCGACUCGUUGUCGAAUUUUCGCUGCCUACGCCCGUUGGGCCGUUGGUGUCUGAAGAGACGGAUGGAGAAGCAGGUGCUCAAGAAGAAGAAGAUGAAGUUGGGCAGAAAGUCGGUGAGAGUCGACGUCUCGUGUGUCUUGUUGAACGGCCAAGCGCAUCGUUCCGGACUCGUCAUGAUCGACAAUGUUCCAUGGAGGUUGGAGUUGAAGCUGACGGAGAACCGCUACGGAACGAUCCUCAAGAUCAGUCUCGUCUGCGACUACGGCACUCACACCGAGUGGUACUGUGACGUCACCGCCGCGUUCACCCUUUUCGUGCCCGACGAGUACGAUAAUUGCACGUGGACGGUCAGCAGAAGCGUCUCGACGGGCUUCACGUCGUUCGAAGAAUCCAUGCCCGUUUCCGGAGAGGAAGGGCCGAAGCAAGUGCGUUUGAAUGCGGAUAUCCGCGUGCAAAAGUUCAAAAAGUCAAUGUUCGAGAAGAAGACAACGUUCUGGAUGAGCAACGAGUUGACGAAUGUCGCAUUGAUCGUCGAGGGCGUCAAAUUUAAUGUCAUCAAAGAGGUACGUACGGCUAACGGCAGCGGGGAACUUUUAGAAAUGGAGAUUCUUUGCAGCUGCUCGCCGCACACUCUCCAUACUUUAACACCAUGUUCUUCACCCCCCACUUCACCGAAUAUCAUCGAUCCCGAAUCGUGUUGCCCGGCAUCAAAGCCGACGAAUUCGAAGAGUUUCUGCACAUGAUCCACGAUCCCGUUCGUCCGGUCACUCGCACAACUUUCGAGGCGCUGCUCCGACUUGCCGACUAUCUCGAUGCUCCGGGCGUCAAAGAACGGUGCGAUUGGUAUUUGUGCGCCAGUCGAGAGCAUUUCCCUUUCGAGAAAGAGCAACUUGCAAGCGAUUACCGACUCGAGAACACUAUGGUUGGCCUCUGACAGGAGAAUUUUAAAGCUAUUGUGCACUUGCUUCCAGAUCGCCUAUCCAAUUGACUGGGAUGACAUCACUUUGACGUGUCGAACAUCUGAACACAUGAGAGCAAUAGUCUCAAUUAUACUUGACGAACAGGAGAUGUCCGAUGAAACCUCGGAACCGGCUGCAGUUUCAUAA